ACUAAGAGAGAGAGCGAUAGAUCCUUAGUUUCCUUUGACAGCAUGACUUUCUUAUGCAGCCUCUUGGGUUUGGGGCAUUUGGGAGGAUAUAGCUAUCGCUACCCUGUUGUAGCAAUCAACGUACCUUGUCAGAGUAGCAACAAUAGGAGGCAGCAGCCUUCCAAACGCAAGAGUGGAACCAACAAAAAGAAGCAGAACCCUAGCAAAGGCAAUAACGGGACUAAAAGUUCCUUCAAUAACUCUGGUUCUGGAAAGCAAGAUUUCGGAAAUGGGAAGUUCAACACUGGUGCAAAAAUUAGCGGGAAUCGCGUACCUACCAAAGCCAACAAUGGAACUAUAGGCUCCUUUAACAACUCUGGCUCUGGAAAGCAGGAUUUCGGAAAUGGCAGGUUCAACACUGGUGCUAGGAUUGGACGUUGAUUCUCUCCUUAUUAUAACUAAUUACUACCUAUGCAUGUCUGAACAUCUUUGCAGGGUUCAAACAAGCAUGCCUAUGGAGAAUAAUAACACAUAACUGCUUUAUUUUGUUUUCUUUAGUGUGUUGCUUAUGCACAAGUGUGAUAAUAAUUACUUAUCGGAGCUUUAGCUCUCUAGAGUGAUUCCUGGUAAAAUAAUUAAGUGUGCCAAUUAUGCUA